UGAUUAAUAAGCAGAACACAGGAUAGAACUCAACACCAUCAUCUCUGACAACUUCUACGUUGACCCUUCCCAACACAUCCCUCUCACCCUUUCUUCUAAUCUCUCAUCAGAUUUUUCUUCUUUUCAUCAUCAUUUUCUAAGGUGACCUUGGAACUUGUUUCGUUUGAAUACAUUUGUUCCGUUUGACACUAUAGGCUGUCUUUCAAUACUGCAUCCUCCAGCCAUGACUUGUUUCCCAUUCUCAUUUGGUAAGAAAGUGCCUUUUGUCGCAAAACAUGAUCCAGAUAUUGAUGAAGAACUCCAAGGCAUUCAAAACGUAAGAAUCUAUACCUACAAAGAACUAAAAGUUGCUACCAACAAUUUCAGCCCGGCCAAUAAAAUUGGGCAGGGUGGCUUCGGUUCAGUUUAUAAGGGAUUGCUAAAAGAUGGGAAAGUAGCUGCUAUAAAAGUUCUUUCAGCAGAAUCAAGUCAAGGGGUGAAAGAAUUUAUGACAGAGAUUAAUGUGAUCUCUGAAAUAGAGCAUGAAAAUUUGGUUAAGCUAUAUGGUUGUUGUGUGGAAGGGAGUCAACGGAUAUUAGUCUAUAAUUAUUUGGAGAACAAUAGCCUUUCACAAACCCUUCUAGGUUCAGGUCACAGUAAUAUUGUUUUUGACUGGAAAACACGAUCUAAGAUUUGCAUUGGGGUUGCACGUGGGCUUGCCUAUCUUCAUGAGGAAAUAAGACCACAUAUUGUUCAUAGGGAUAUAAAAGCAAGCAAUAUUCUCCUUGACAAAAACCUGUCUCCCAAGAUUUCAGAUUUUGGUCUUGCAAAGCUUAUUCCAUCAUACAUGACUCAUGUCAGCACACGUGUGGCAGGAACAAUAGGUUAUUUGGCACCAGAGUAUGCAAUAAGGGGGCAGCUUACACGUAAAGCAGAUAUUUACAGCUUUGGUGUCCUCCUUGUGGAGAUAGUUAGUGGAAGAUGUCACACAAAUACACGAUUACCAAUAGGAGAGCAAUUUCUUCUAGAAACGACAGAGAAGCAUGUUACUAGGUGACUCUGGGAAAACAUCCUUUUGAUACUGGACUGAUGGAAAUAGAAGCAUGCGGAUAAUCUACACUUUUUUUUUUGGGUUAUAAAGCUCCAGUGAUCUGUUCUUAUUCUUUUUUUAUUUUACUCUUAACUUUUUCUACUCAAGUUUUCCUCUUAUUAUCUGUUUAUCGUACUUUAGACUCGUAUUUAGUGGAAGUUAGUCCAUAUCUUAAUAUUCAUUGUUCAUUUUAUAUUUCUUGUACUAGCAGUAAUAGCAUUCAACUUUUAAUUUUUUACAUUCAUUGUUAGGCAUGUUAAGUGCAUUCAUAUGUCAUAGAUAGCAACACUGAUGGGUUGAAGUAGUGGUAAGCCACCUUGUGUUCACACGUUAUGAGGGUGGUCUAUUUAGCGGAAAUUCUCAUGUUUGAUUUUUGCUAUUUGUGAAAAUCCUUUGGACCAGCAACAGUUAUAGUACUGAAAGAAAAUUAGUUUUUGGUCCAGUGGGUUUGGAAAUACCCGUGACAGGUCUAAAAAAAUGUUACAGAUAGCAAAGCAUUUGCUAAAGUUUCAAAAGCUUGAACUGCAAUCUAGCAUAAAGUUUCAAAGUCACUCCUCUUGGAAGGCAACAUAACUAAUUUUCCUUUCAUUUUGAACCAUGGAACUGAGAUACCAAAAUAUAAAUCUUGCUAGUGUUGUUCUCCAAUUAGUUCAAAUGGCCACGUGUUUUUCUCCAAUCUUCAUCUUUUCAAGCUAAACUAAAAUACCCAAUAUUCAUUUUUAAUGACUUACCUGAAAUCCGUGAUAAUAAAAUGUGUGCUCUUUCAGUAUGAAGAAUUUAAAUUUCCUAUUUGAACUGUAUUUUCUGUCAAGUAGAACACGAAUAUCGUGUGCAAAUGAAGAUAACUAGUGGGACCAUUCAUAAUUUCUUUUGUUCCUUCAGCAUGAAGGACAGAUUGAAAUGGUUGUAGAGUCAUGAUUUAAAUUGAAAUGGUGUCUUCUAGUUGUCACAGCCUACUUCUAGUCUUGAGGAUUUCAUUGCUCAACACUACUCAUUCCACAGCAUUAUGAUAUUUUUGAACCAGCUCUUAUUUAAGCUUCUGUC